AUGUGCUACGCAGGACAACCUCAACAACCAACAACCAACACCAUGUGUGGCAGCUACUACGGAGGCUGUGGCUAUGGACGCUAUGGCUAUGGAGGCUGUGGCUACGGAGGCUGUGGCUAUGGAGGCUAUGGCUACGGAGGCCUGGGCUGUGGAUAUGGCUCCAGCUAUGGCUGUGGCUAUGGCUGUGGCUCUGGCUGUGGCUACGGCUAUGGCUCCCGCUCCCUCUGUGGCUGUGGUUAUGGAUGUGGCUCUGGCUAUGGCUCUGGCUUUGGCUGCUACUAUUGAGGUCACCAUGGGAGACUCUCACCCUCCACACCUUCACUUAAUGACUCAGCAGUUCUGAACCACACAAAUUUUUGUCUUACCCCCAAGUGAUGUUUAAUCUAUCUUGCACUGCAAACUUCUGAUAAGAUUUGGUAAAUGUCUGAUAUCUGGAACUGAUACCACUUGAUACCUGAAAGAAUAUGAAACUCAACUUGUGAACUCAUGUUCCAACAAGGUGAUAUUGGUAUAACUCUUA